GCGGCGGCGGCGGCGGCGGGCGGUACCGGAGCAGCCAUGAGGGCCGGGCCCAGUCACCGACAUGUGAGCCCCAUGUUGUGUUGAUGCUGGUGUGCCAUGCUAGCCUGUCUACCAGGGCCAGGUGACCUGUCCUUUCAGCUUCUUUCUCACACGCAGAUGAACACUGGACUUCAGAAAUGGGACACUACACAGAAAAUGAGAACUGCUCACUAUCCUACCCCAGCCGAAUUGGACGCGUAUGCUAAGAAGGUCGCAAACAACCCACUGACUAUAAAAAUCUUCCCCAACAGUGUGAAGGUUCCCCAGAGGAAACACGUUCGUCGUACUGUGAACGGCCUCGACACAUCAGCCCAGCGCUACAGCCCCUACCCGACUCAGGCUGCCACCAAGGCAGGCCUGCUUGCUAUUGUCAAAGUGCCAGCCAAAAGUAUACUCAAGGACUUUGACGGCACCCGAGCCCGGUUACUCCCUGAGGCCAUCAUGAACCCACCAGUGGCACCCUAUGCUACUGUGGCACCCAGCACUUUAGCCCACCCCCAGGCCCAGGCUCUGGCCCGCCAGCAGGCCCUGCAGCAUGCACAGACCCUGGCCCAUGCCCCUCCCCAGACGCUGCAGCACCCUCAGGGUAUCCCGCCACCACAGGCACUGUCUCACCCUCAGAGCCUCCAGCAGCCUCAGGGCCUGGGCCAUCCUCAGCCCAUGGCUCAAACCCAGGGCUUAGUCCACCCACAGGCCCUGGCUCACCAAGGUCUCCAGCACCCCUCCAAUCCAUUGCUUCAUGGAGGCCGGAAGAUGCCAGACUCAGAUGCUCCCCCGAAUGUGACCGUGUCUACCUCAACUAUUCCCCUUUCAAUGGCGGCCACCCUGCAGCACAGCCAGCCCCCGGACCUGAGCAGCAUUGUGCACCAGAUCAACCAGUUUUGCCAGACGAGGGCAGGCAUCAGCACUACCUCAGUGUGUGAGGGCCAGAUCGCCAACCCCAGCCCUAUUAGUCGCAGUCUGCUCAUCAAUGCAAGUACCCGGGUGUCGACCCACAGCAUCCCCACACCAAUGCCUUCAUGUGUGGUCAAUCCCAUGGAGCACACCCAUGCAGCCACAGCCGCGUUGCCUGCCACAGGUCCUGUCAACCUUCCUGCGGGCAUCUCUCGAGCCCCCACUGGCUACCCUAGCGAUCUCAAGCCAGUCACCUGGAACCAGCAUCAGCUGGCCCACCUACAACAUAUGUGCACCGAGGCUGGUGGAACACCAGCCCCUGGCCUGACAGGCAAGCAUCCAGCAGGACGUGAGUUGGCAGGGACUGGCUUUGUGGGCAAGGCCCCUGCCUACCCGCAGGAACUCUGCCUGGCACAGUCCUUCCAUCUGAAGCCAACCCUGGAGAAGCCAACCCCAUCUCCACCAGUCAAUGGCCUGGCAGCCCCACUGGCCUACCCCAAUGGUCACUACUUCCAACCCCUGUGGAACAACAUUCUUCCCACUCCCAAUAGCGACAGCUCGGGGUCUCAGGACCUCGCCAUGCCAUUUCAUGGUGGGCAGCCCACAGGUGCACCCCUCGACUGUGCAGCAGCUCCUGGGGCUCAUUACCGAGCAGGGACUGGGGGUGGUCCAGUGGCAAGCCAGAACAGCUUGAUGCAAACGGUGGAUUACCUGAGUGGGGAUUUCCAACAGGCCUGCUUUCGAGAACAGAGCCUGGCUAUGCUGAGCAAGGCCCACCGAGCCCCUUCCACCCGUGCUCCUGAUCCCACAGAUAGUCGAAGUCUUCAUAUUCAGCACCCAGGGUAUAGAUAGGGAGCCAUGGUACCCUCCUCAGGCUACACUUCAUACAUCACCCUCCAAGGUUUAGUCUUACUUUUAAGUAACUGGGUAGUUUAAAAGUUUUGCUUCUCCAAUGUGAUCAUUCUUAGAUGACUAAAGAAGGGCAUUUGGCAGGGAGUAGAAGGGAUCCUCUUCCUCUUAUCCCCUCAAGAAAAUUUUUUGUUUUAUGUUAGAACCUAACCCUAACCCCAGGCUUUUCUCUCCACUGCCUGCCUAUUAGGCUUUCCACCUUGGCUAUGUUUUUCCAGCCCUCUCUUAUCUUUCCCUGCACCUUUGCCUGUUUCUCUUAGGACUGUGUGACUAAGGCCCCUAAAGCAGGCCUCUUCCUGUCUCUCUCUAUGGGACUAAGAACUACCAGACUUUCAAAGUGCUCUGGAAGCUAAUUCCUUAUUCACCCAAAGACAAAUCAAAACUCACCCAAUGUUCAUCUCCCAGCUCUUUCCCAUUUUUCAAGGCUUUGUUUUACAUUUAUUCUGCUUCCUGGGCAGAACUUAUCCUUGCCACACACUCCACCUCAAGGGCAUCUUGCAGGUAUUUGGCCAUACCCUUGAGACAUGGAGAAAAACUGCCUUUGUAUUGGCCGCUUGGUUCCCAAGUUCCCUUCUAGACCUAGAGAAAUGUAGUGGCCAUCUGGCAUAACCAGGAUCCCCUACUCAUGGUUGCCUCUCCCUGCUUAACUGCUGUCCUCAACCCUACC